AUGUGCGAGGAGACGCCAUAUGCGCACUGUGGGGAUGAUGAGGAUGUAGAGCUCGUCGAAUCCAAUGGAGAUAACGGCGGCUGGGGUGACGGUGGUGAGGGUGGCGGUAGAGCGUGGGUGGUUGCGUUGUCAGAAUCGGAUGAGAGAUGGGUGGUAUUGAAGAUGGCAUUGCCAUUAUCUGCUGUUGUUGCGUUGGCGGGGAGGUCUCUCGGAAUAUCUUCGAUGGCGUUAUUAUGCGGGGCAAUUGGGUUGGUAUCAGACCCCUAG